AUGACGGCGCUGACCACGCCUCCACGCCGUGAUCAUAAAGCCCCGGGAUACGACGUGAAGAUGGAGCUGGCCAGGGUUAACUGGGUGCUUGCAGCCGCUUGUUUUUUUCUGUGGACCAGUUGUGUUUCUGCUGCACCCAUGGAGUGCCACUUCGACUCCAGAGCGCUGUGUGUGUUUGAGGGGAGGCACUACUCGUUGGGGGAAACCUGGAUGGACAACGCCUGCAUGCAGUGCACCUGCCUGCACCCUGUCGGGGUCGGUUGCUGCGAGACGGUGCAUCGGCCGGUGGACUUUCCUGCGUGGUGUGAGGUGCGCGUGGAGCCGGUGACCUGCAAAGUGUCUCUGGUCCAGACAGCCGACCCGCGUCUCCCUUGUUCUCCAGGCGAGGACAUCCAGGACCCGAGCCACGGAUCGCUUCAGCUGCAGCCGCAACGACUGGACGGGUAGAAAACAGCUCAGACCAGAACCUGUUGGCCUGUGAAACCAGUACUCACCAUAGUUAAAUAACCAGUUUAUACACAUACUGUACUGAUAUAAAACUUAAACAGCAUUUGUACUUUUGGGAUUGUUUCAUUAAUGAAGGCUGAAAUCGUCUGUGAAAAUAUAUUUAAAUAAAACUGCAGUAUCUUCCAGCAGAAAAUGUUUUCAACCCAGCGCCACAUUAUUUACCACAUUAACAAAUCUUCAUCUUCAGUAUGAAGUUAGUUAUGAGUUUGUCCUCCUCUCACUUAAUUCAUUAUUGACUUAUUGUAAAUACAAGCAAAUAUAUACUCACAUUAAUAUAUAUAACUAUUCCUGUUAAAUUUGACCUGUUCU